AAAUAAAUAUAAUGGAUGCUAGUAGUUCGCCAGUACGCUCUGAUAGACAUACAGAGGCAAUGACAUCUCCUGCUCCAGAUAUAGAUGAACCAUUCGAAGAUGAAUCUGAUUUACUUAGUAAUGAUAAUGAUGUUAAUCGAGAAGAAGAUGAAGGCGAGGGAGAAGAGUUAUUUGGCGAUAAUAUGGAAGACGAUUAUCGUCCUAUGCCAGCCUUAGAUAGAUAUGAUCCUGAUGUGGUAGACGAUGAACAAUACUCGGAAAUGUCUCAAGGAGAACGUGCAGCUGCAGAAGCUACCAUGCGGGAAAGAGAUAGAUCAGCAGGCAUUAUGAGAGAUGAUAGAUAUUUACUUUAUGAUGAAAGCGACAAAGAAGAAACACAAGCCCGUACAAGACGCAUGGCUGAAAAAGCUGCGACAGGUGAAAUUGAAGAUACAGAGAUGGUCGAAUCUAUUGAAAAUUUAGAAGAUAUGAAAGGUCAUUCGGUUAAAGAAUGGGUAGCUAUGUUAGGACCUCGAACAGAAAUUUCAAACCGUUUUAAAAGCUUUUUACGUACACAUACCAAUUCAAAUGGACAAUACAUGUACAAAGAACGAAUUCGUCAUAUGUGUCAGAGUAACCAAUCUAGCUUUGUUGUCGAAUUUCCUAUUCUUGCUAGUAAAGAGCACGUUCUAGCUUACUUUUUGCCAGAAGCACCGUUUCAAAUGUUAGAGAUAUUUGAUGAAGUGGCAAAAGAGCUAGUGUUAACAAUUUUCCCCAGUUACGAAAGAGUUACAACUGAAAUUCAUGUCAGAAUAUCAGAGCUACCUUUAAUAGAAGAAAUACGAACGUUUAGGAAGUUACAUUUAAAUCAAUUAGUACGAACUUUGGGAGUCGUUACUGCAACAACAGGGGUACUACCACAAUUAUCUGUUGUAAAAUAUGAUUGCAUGAAAUGUGGACAUGUACUUGGACCUUUUGUACAAAAUCAAAGUACUGAAGUUAAGCCUGGAUCGUGUCCUGAAUGUCAAAGUAUUGGACCUUUUAUGAUAAAUAUGGAACAAACAAUAUAUAGAAAUUAUCAAAAGAUUACAAUCCAAGAAUCACCAGGUAAAAUUCCUGCAGGUAGAGUACCUCGAAGCAAAGAAUGUAUUCUUCUGUCAGAUCUUUGUGAUCGCUGUAAACCUGGAGAUGAAGUAGACGUUACUGCAAUUUAUACGAAUAACUAUGAUGGUUCUUUAAACACAGAACAAGGCUUCCCAGUGUUUGCAACGGUUCUCCUAGCUAAUCAUUUGCAAGUGAAAGGUUCAAAAGAAAUUGUUGAAUCUUUAACCGAGGAAGAUAUCUCCAGUAUUAUUACUUUGAGUAAAGAUCAUCAAAUUAUUGAUCGCAUUGUCGCAAGUAUUGCACCUUCGAUCUAUGGACACGAAUAUACAAAAAGAGCAUUAGCAUUAGCAAUGUUUGGUGGUGAAUCAAAAAAUCCUGGUAAGAAACACAAAGUAAGAGGAGACAUUAAUGUAUUAAUAUGCGGAGAUCCAGGUACAGCCAAGUCUCAGUUUUUAAAGUACGUUGAAAAAGUUGCACCAAGAACGGUAUUUACUACGGGUCAAGGAGCUUCGGCUGUUGGAUUAACUGCUUUUGUACGAAGAUCCGUAGCAACUCGAGAAUGGACAUUGGAAGCUGGUGCUUUAGUACUUGCUGAUCAUGGAAUCUGUCUUAUCGAUGAGUUUGAUAAAAUGAAUGAUCAAGAUAGAACAUCCAUUCAUGAAGCCAUGGAACAACAAAGUAUUUCUAUUUCAAAAGUAGGAAUUGUAACAUCGCUUCAUGCUAGAUGUUCAGUGAUAGCUGCAUCCAAUCCCAUUGGAGGAAGAUAUGAUGCUAGUAUGACAUUUUCAGAAAAUGUAGAUUUAUCAGAACCAAUUUUGUCUCGUUUUGAUAUUCUUUGCGUAGUAAAAGAUGAAAUAGAUCCCAUGCAAGAUCGACAUUUAUCUAAAUUUGUUGUCAACUCUCACAUUAGACAUCAUCCAGCAAGUGCAGAAAAAGCAAUGCUUACAGAAGAUGAUACUCGCGAUAUAUCUAUUCCACAAGACCUUUUAAAGAAAUAUAUAGUUUAUGCAAGGCAAAAUGUUCAUCCUAAAUUAACGAAUAUUGAUCAAGAUAAAGUUGCAAAAUUAUACAGUCAGUUAAGGCAAGAAAGUUUGGCCACUGGAAGUUUACCAAUUACUGUACGACAUAUAGAAAGUAUUAUACGUAUGGCUGAAGCAAGUGCUAAAAUUCAUCUUCGUGACCAUGUUCAAGAAAGUGAUAUUAAUCUUGCCAUAAGAAUGAUGCUCGAUAGUUUUGUUGAAACACAAAAAUACUCGGUAAUGAAAAGCAUGCGCCAGACAUUCCAGAAAUAUCUAUCAUAUAAAAAAGAUCAUAAUGAACUUCUGUAUUACAUACUUAGACAAGUUACAUUAGAUACUUUAGCAUUCCAAAAAGCUUUACAUGGAAGUCGCGUUACAACGAUCGAAAUCGCCGAGAAAGAUCUACUAGAUCGGGCUAAACAAAUCGAUAUAUACAAUCUUCAUCCAUUUUAUGAAAGCGACAUUUUUAAAACAAACAACUUUGUUUAUGAUUCAAAGAGGAAAGUCAUAAUACAAAUAAUUCCUGAAACUAUUGAUGACUAAUGAAACAUUAAAAAUAAUACAAUACAAAUAUAGCCUAUUAUUUCUAUUAUUUUUAUAGUUUUGAUUUUAUAAUAAAUCAUAUUUUAUGAAUAAAUUUUUGGAUACAAAAUCAUUACACCUUUCGUUCAAUUGCAACUAAGUCAAUACAUUUAGAAUGUAUUGGUAUUAUAAUACCAUAUUUGAGGUUUUCAUGUCUUAGGUUUCCGACAGUUGAAGCGACAGGAAGUGUUCCAACAUUUUGCCAGCAUCGCAGGAAGCUUUUUCAGGGGUCAAAUAUUGCACGAGUACAUAUAUCAUUUGACCGCCAAAGAAACUAUCUGUAAUACUGUUGAAACAUCGAAAUGCUUUCUUCAAAGGACACAGCUUACACCCAGAAGCCUCGAACAGUAUCGACUAUCGUAAUAUAAUUAAAAUUAAAAGACACAUCAUACAAAUUAUUAUUUGAAAUAUA